GGGGUAGAAACAGAUGGUGUCUGCAAGUCCAGGACGCAGUUCUCUUAUGGACCUGGCCUCGGGCCUGGCCACAGUACAGGAACCUGCCACCCCGAGCCCCAAAGGAGCCCCAAGGUUGCCAUGAGCAUGGCAGAAGCUUCUGCUGAUCCAGGCACAGGAGAUAAUCUGGAACAAAAGAUCCGACAGGUACUGGAUGAAGCCGGCCGCCCCGUGAAGAUUGCCAAGCUGGUAAAGGAGUGCCAAGUGCCCAAGAAAGCCCUCAACCAAGUCCUUUACCGCCUGAAGAGCGAGGGCAAGGUGCACUCACCAGCCCCUGCAAUGUGGUGUUUAGGCGGGGAUGCUCCUGGAAACGAGAGUCCUGCAAUCCCUGAGGACCCCUCUGCCCAGCCUAGCCUUGAUGAAAAAAUCCUCAGAUUCCUGGAGACCAGCGGGCCUCACAAGGCCCUGCACAUAGCCAAGGCUCUGGGAAUGACGACGGCCAAAGAGGUGAACCCACACCUGUAUGCCAUGAGGAACAGGCACAUUCUGAGCUGUGAUGAGAACAUGUGGAUGAUCUACGACUCAAGUCCGAAAGGUCAAGAGCUAGCUCACCCCGGAGUGAGUCGAGAACGCCCUGCGAUUAUCUACCAGCAGAAUCCCACCAAUGUGAUCUGCCAACAAGGGGCCUUCAACCAUAUCUCCAUUUCUGAGUCACAAGCCAUCCAGAUCGGCCAUGGGAACACCAUGCAAAUGCAGCCAGCCUAUGAUCCAAGGGGUCCCAGGCCCCGCCACCCUCUCCCACUGCCUGUGCCAGAGGACCCGUCUUCUCAGGACACCCCAGCCGGUGCAUGGGGAGCUCAGCACAUCCAUUUGGAGGAAUCCAUGCUCAGGCGCGUACAGCUGGGCCACAGCAAUGAGAUGAGCCUCCCGGAGCAUCCAGUGGAACACACAGAUUACAGCUUCAGUGACAGCCCCCCAGUCUCAGCCACCUCUGCUGACCCAGGAACUUCAUUCCCCACGCAGUCACCUGAGCCAGGCCCUCAGCCUGAGGCAGACACAGCCCAGAAAGUCUACAUCAAAUCCUGCCUGCUGGUGGAUGCCACCAUCGGCAACAGCAACAAGAUGACCAUUCACUCUACUUCAGAGGGUGGAGUCGCGGGGUCCGGGGGCAGCGGAGAGCCGAAGGGGGACACAGACUCUAAAGCCACGCCGCCACGCAGAAGCUGCCUCAAAAGCCCCAGCAACUCCACGCUGCUCACCUCUGAGCUGGGAACUAUGACUCUGGGAGACAGCGGCCCCCAGACGGCAGAACCUGUGGUGAAGGAGGGUGGAGUCUCCCAUGCAGGGACCUGGCAGACACAGGAAUGAGGCCAGAAAUCAAUGGAGCAAUGGGACCAUGGGCUGACACCUCUGCCACCAUGAGCCAAAGCAACCUUUCCUGCCUCAAGAUCUGACAACCAAUGAUACGAGCCAUCUCUACCACUCCUGCGUCUUCACCAGAAGGAGCAAAUCAACACAGCAGACAGAUAUCUACACAUCCCUGUUGAUUGCACACUGUCCCAGGCAGCUGAGAAAUGGAACCAACCUUGCUGUCUGUCAGUAGAGGAUGUAUAAAGGAAAUUCAGAGUGUGCACACUGCCACAUAAAAUAAUGUGGUUGUAUAUGGAA